AUGGGUCUGCUUAGUUUAUUAAGAAAACUACGUUCGAAUCCUCAAGAUGAAUUGAGAAUUUUAUUACUUGGUUUAGACAACGCUGGAAAAGAAUUAUCUGAACUAUUAGAAGAAGAAAAAUUGGUGAAUGUACCAUUACUUGUAUUUGCUAAUAAACAAGAUUUAUUAAAUGCUGCAACAUCCUCUGAGAUUACAGAUGGAUUAGCAUUACAUACAAUACGAGAUAGAUCAUGGCAAAUUCAAGGAUGUUCUGCAUAUACACAAGAAGGUGUAAAGGAUGGUUUAGAAUGGGUAUCUAAAACAGUCAAAUCAACAAGGAAGUAA